UGUGAGGAAUUAUUUUAUUAAAGUGGAAUAGUAACAUUUCUAAACUAGAAAUUGACAGGCAAAUAAAUUUAGCUUAAAAUACUAUUAGUAUUUGUUGGUUAUAUAAAAUAAAAAAAAAUCAAUAUCUUUUUGCUCGCAAGUGAACCUUACUUUAUUUAAGAAAAUGCCAAAAAAAAGUAAAAGAUCUCAGUCUGCUAAGACACGCUGGCUUAAGUUUGAGGAUAUUCAGGAAUGUCUACAUGACAAUUCACAAAAUCUCACAGAGAAAUCUGCAGACGUCCAGACUGGUAAGAAAGAAAAGCCUUCCUGUGAACCAAAUAUCACAUAUGCUGAUGCAGUGAAGAAGAAACUGAAGCUUGAUGCUCCAUGUGAGGCAGGACCAUCUCAUGCAGGUGAAAUGAAAACAACAGGUGUGAGGAGAGAGAAACCAGAAUCCUCACUGACAUCUUAUGCUGAUGCUGUGAAAAGAGGACAACUCUGUGAUGAACUUUGUGCAGCCAAACCUUCACCUGCUCAACAUGUAAAUGAACCAUCCCAACCUUCUGUGAGACAACUGUGUGCUUCUUGGAGCCAGGCUUCUGGGAGAUAUGGAAAAUACAAAAACAUGCAGUGCACCUGUAACUCUCUGACAUUUCUGGCUUUUCUAUGUGAAGAUGAGAACAUCACCACAGCUGACCUUGACCUGGUUUUAGAUAAAGGUAAUUCCAUGUACACAGAUGCCAGAAAAAGAUUCCCUGCUGACAACCACCUUGCCACUGAUCAACUUCCUGAGACGGUACCUGCUCGCAGGUGUGUGUAUGAUGCAGACAUGUCAGUUCUGUCACGUUAUGGCACUUUUGGAGACCCUCCUCCUGGAUCAGUGGAUGAAUUCCUGAGGUUUGAUGCUGGACUUGCUUGUUUGCAAACAGAAAUUCAGUACGCUCUACUGAUAAUGUUGGAUUUGUGCAUUGCUGUGUUCAGAACCAGUUCUGGAAGAUUUGGUUUCUUUGACCCCCACUCCAGAAGCCCAGAUGGUUUACCCACUCCACCUGACAUGUUUGACAGAGAAAGUGGUACAGCUGUGAUGCUGACAUUCACAACUCUCCUUGAAAUGAUUGACUGGCUCUCUUUAUGUUACUCUAUGAAUGGAGCACAGCCCUCAAGUGUGUACGAACUGAAACCUGUGAAGUUUCUAUGCAACAUCCCUAUUAUGAACGAGAGUGUCCCAGUUCCAGAGUCCAGAACACCUGAUGUCUGUGUUACACCCUCUCUGAUGAAUGAUGAUCAUCAAGAUGCCAAAUUGACGAGACACACUGACCCAGAGAUUGAUGAGAACAUUUGUUCAUCUGAAAUGAAUAAUCAUCAAGAUGUGGACAUGCUGGUGGAUUAUAUAACCUCCAUGUUGGAUGAUGUUUCUCAGACCCAGUCAGAGCCAAGGACUAAUGCAAUGAACAUUUGUUUAAAGAAAACAUCUGGAAGCAAAGUGAAUGACCCUUCCACUCUCAAUGAUUUAAACUCUGUUACACAACAAAACGUCGCAUUGCCCCAGAGUGAAUCUGAAAUUCCACUUCAUAUGAUCACCUGUCAGUCACAACAAACUGGUCUCAAACAAACAAAUACCUGCAAUACUGCAGAAAAACAGAGAGUUUGUAAAAUGUCAAAGAUUCCUAAACAACUACGAAGGAAAAUGAUGAGAAGGCAGACACGGUCUCAAACAAAAUCUUCUGAUAGAAAAGAGAAUCAAAAAAAGAAAGAACGAGAGCUCUAUUCUUCAAAUGAUGAAUACAAACAAAAGAAAAAAUUGUAUUCAAGAAAACAUUAUUUUUCUAAUCCUGAAAUCAGACAAAUAAAGAAAAAAAUGAUAAAAGCUAAGUAUAAAGAAAAUGAAGAGUUCAAAAACAGGCAAAAAUAUAAUAAAAUGGAACGCUAUAAAAAAGAUUCUCUAUUUAGAAUGACAAAGAAGAAAUAUAUGAUUGAUCGUUACAAAAGAGAUUCUGAAUUUAGGGAGAAACAAAAAAAACAUUUUAAGUGUCUAUAUCAAAUGCAGGAUGAAUACAGAGAGAAGAAAAAAAUGUCCCUAAAAACUCGGUAUCAAGAUGAAUUUGAUUACAGAGAAAUGAAAAAACGUUGUUUUGUGGUACGAUACAAAACCCAGCCAAACUUUAGACAGAAAAAGAAUUUCUACAUCAAUCAACAGUAUAAACUUAACCCUGGCUUCAGGGAGCGCCAAAAGUCUUACAUGAUUCAGCGUUAUGCUAAUGACCCAGCAUUCAGAAUAAAACACAAACAGUUAAUGAAGGAAAGCUACAGAAAUAAUCUUGGACAUCGUGCUAUGACUAACAUGAUUGCCAUGAAAAUAAAAAGAAAAUACAGACAAAUGCAUAAACGAGCAGAAGAGAGAGAUGACCCUUUGAUUACAGAAGCCAUUUCUGUUUUCAGAACAAAUGUUAAAAUUUCUCCGACUUACGUCUGCACUUCCUGUCAUAAAGCUUGUUUCAAAAACCAAGUGAAACCUUGCAUCAGGUCAAAUUACAGUAAAAACCCCCAGAUCAUUUCACAGUGUCUGACAGGCAAAUAUGUUCAUGUCUGUGAAGAAGGCUGCAUAAAUGAUCAAUGUAAAGUUCCUGAGAGAAGAACAGAACACAUCUGUCACACAUGUCAUAAUUAUCUAAAAAAUGGAUCCAUGCCUCCACUUGCUGUUGCUAACAAACUGGAGCUUUUUGAUGUGCCAGAAGAAUUAUCAGAUCUAAACAUUCUUGAAAGGCAUUUGGUUGCGAAAUGUUUACCAUUUGCAAAAAUCAUUCCCCUACCUAAAGGCAGACAGAAUUUAAUAAGAGGAAAUGUGGUUUGUGUUCCAUCUGAAGUUCAGGAAACUGUUGAAAUAUUACCACGAUUAAGAAGUGAAUCUCAGGUCUUAAGGGUCAAGUUAAAGAGACGUUUAUGUUAUAAAGGUCAUCAGCUGUUCCAGAACGUGACCUGGUCUAAACUCAUGAGAGCUUUAAAGACAUUGAAACAGAUUCAUCCACAAUAUCAAAGUGUAAACAUCAGAGAUGAAGCAGAACUGUGUGAUCCUACACUGCCAGAUGAUGAAGAUGAUGAUGUAAGGAUGGAAGAUGAAGAUUAUGAUGAAGCUGAUUUAAUGGAAAUUGACAUGUGUGAAAAGGUUGCACUGACUGAAGCAGAACACGAAGCUAACCGUGAACAUGAUGUAGAAAUGAACCAGCCAAGUGAAGGACAGGAACACCAUGAGAGAAANGAGGAUUUAAUGGAAAUUGACAUGUGUGAAAAGGUUGCACUGACUGGAGCAGAACAUGAAGCUAACAGUGAACAUGAUGUAGAAAUUAACCAGCCAAGUGAAGGACAGGAACACCAUGAGAGAAAUGAUCAUGAUAAUGAUGAACAAGAAGGAGACAUGCCUAAUG